ACCGAUGCUGCAGCUCCCGUCCAGCAUACAGAAAAGAAGUGUAGACUAAGCCCAGCGGCUUACCCGAUGGCCUCUAUGCUCCUCUGCAUCCUAGUCUCUGCUCUCGCUUUCUUCUCCUGGCCGGCGCCGGCACUGUCGCAGAGCCUCCCGCCCAUAGUAAACGGGCUCUCCUUCUCAUUCUAUAAGGCAAGCUGUCCUAAGCUGGAAUCCAUUGUCCGAGACUUUCUUAAGGAGCAGUUCAAGAAAGACAUCGGGCUUGCUGCUGCGCUUCUGCGCGUACAUUUCCAUGACUGCUUUGUCCAGGGGUGCGACGGGUCGGUGCUACUGGACGGAUCGGCGAGCGGUCCGAGUGAGAAGAACGCGCCGCCAAACUUGACAUUGAGGCCGGAGGCCUUCAAGGCCAUUAACGACAUCCGAGCUCUGAUCGACAGCAAAUGCGGCAGCGUGGUCUCCUGCGCCGACGCGCUUGCCCUUGCAGCACGGGACUCCGUUUCCUUGUCAGGCGGUCCCCGCUACAAAGUCCCGCUCGGCCGCCGCGACGGUCUAACCUUCGCCACACGCAACGCCACGCUCGCCAGCCUUACCGCCCCGACCUUCACGUACAAUCUCGACGCCGCCGACCUCGUCGCCCUCUCCGGCGGCCACACCAUCGGCCGCGGCCACUGUGCCUCCUUCUCCAACCGCAUCUUCCCUUCUCGUGACCCUACCAUGGACCAGACCUUCUUCAACAACCUCCGCCGAACUUGCCCGUCUUCCAACUCCAACAACACGACUGUGCUCGACAUCCGUAGCCCCAAUGUUUUCGACAACAAGUACUACGUGGAUUUAAUGAACAGACAGGGGCUUUUUACAUCAGAUGAGGAUUUGUAUAUGGAUUCGAGGACGAGGCAAACGGUUUUAGAUUUUGCGCUGAAUCAAUCGCUUUUCUUUGAGAAGUUUUCAUUUUCGAUGGUGAAGAUGGGGCAGCUGAGCGUGCUGACUGGUGGAAAUGGGGAGAUAAGGACUAAUUGUUCGGCGAGGAAUGGGGGGAGGAUUUCGAUGUUGCCUGUGGAUGAAGAAGGAGAAACUGCUGCUUAUUAGGUUUGGCUUCGUUGUGUGGAUGUAGAUUAUUGUAAUAAAAACGGUCCGCUGUUGUAUACCUUGAGGUUUGGGAAUCUCCUUGAAUUGAGCUUGCUACUCUGCUCGAGUUUGGUGAUAAUAAGAUACUGUAUUUUGCGCGU